UUUUUUUUUUUUUUUUUUUUUAAAAAAAAAAGGUAGACAUGAUGUUGGCAGCUUUUUCAAAAUCACGAGUGCUUUCGACCAGAGUUAUAUCUACUAUUAAAACAGUACCUAGAUUAACUACAGCAUUUCUUCAUACACAAUCCACACCUCAAGAAACCACCAUCGAUCCAUCUAUACAUUCACUUGGAGCACGACUUGGCCUUCAAACACUUGAUCCAAUCAUUCUAAAACAAGCUCUCACCCAUAAAUCUGUAGAUGAACAAGUAAAUAACAAUGCGAGUCUAGAAUUUAUCGGCAAACGAGUGGUAGGCCUGUUUGCCACGGAAUACAUUCAUUGCAAGUACCCUAAUCUCUAUCCAGAAGCCUUUGUCAUCGUCCUUUCAUCACUCAUUAAUAAUACCUCUUUUAGUAAAAUCGCAACUGAAGUUGGCCUACAGCAUUGUAUCGCUUGGAAACCACCUACUGUCCCAACAAAAAACCUUGGUCAAAAUAGUGUCUUGGCAACCUGCAUGAAUGCUAUUGUGGGCGCUAUCUUCCAGGAACAAGGCAUAGAAGCAGCAAAAAAAUUUGUACAUGAUUUCAUUUUAUCGCGCGAUUUUGAUAUUAGUCCUGCAUUAAAAACGCAAAUAAAAGAACCCAAACGCUAUUUAUCAGCCUUGUUAAGACAAAUGGGUAUGAAGCCUGCUGAAUCAAGACUUCUUUCAGAGACUGGUAGAUUAUCAUGUUCCCCUGUAUUUAUAGUAGGUACCUUUUCAGGAAAAGAAAAGUUAGGUGAAGGAUUUGGUAGCUCAAUCAAAAUGGCUGAAUUUCGUGCUUGCCAAGAUGCUUUAUUACACCAUUUUGGAAAAGAAUAUAAAGAUUUCGUUCUACCUUCAGAUGCUGAUAAAGUAGAGAAAUAUGUGCCAGCUCCUUUAGGAAAGAUAUUACCAAUCAUUUAGAACUUAUAAAUAUUUAUCACAAACAUUGUAUAUUACGUAAUAUAAUUGCUCUUUAAAAAAAAUAAAAUAAAAAACCAAAGGAAAAUAGAUAAAAUGGAGAGUAUGCGUUUAUUCACAAUCCAG